CAGCCAGUUGCUCCUAAAGAGAGAGGCUCCUCCCAGCCCUUGCAGCGCCCUCAAGAUCCAAGACAACCAGGAGGAGGAUGCAGCCCGCAGACAGAACACGGCAGCCCCCGAAGCGCUGAAGCCCCUUCUACGCCUUUCUGCCCCAGCUCCCAGAUUUCCUCCACGAUGGCCUGUAACCGCUCGUCCAUGGAGACCCACGAAUACCCGCUGCCCAACGGGAGCCACGCGGUGGACUCCGGGGCGCCUCAGCCGCCCGCGCCCCUCAGGAUGUCCCUGGCGGUCCUCAUGAUGCUGAUGAUCGUGGUGGGGUUCCUCGGCAACGCCGUGGUCUGCAUCAUCGUGUACCAGAGGCCGGCCAUGCGCUCCGCUAUCAACCUGCUGCUGGCCACGCUGGCUUUCUCGGACAUCAUGCUGUCCUUGUGCUGCAUGCCCUUCACCGCCGUCACCCUCAUUACCGUCCGCUGGCACUUCGGGGACUCCUUCUGCCGCCUCUCGGCCGCGCUCUAUUGGUUCUUCGUCUUGGAGGGAGUGGCCAUCCUGCUCAUCAUCAGCGUGGACCGCUUCCUCAUCAUCGUCCAGCGCCAGGACAGGCUGAACCCCCGCAGGGCCAAGGCGAUCAUCGCCGCGUCCUGGGCGCUGUCCUUCUGCGUCUCGGCCCCGUCGCUGGCCGGCUGGCCGCUGGUGGAGGUGCCGGCGCGGGCCCCGCAGUGCGUGCUGGGCUACACGGAGCUGCCGGCCGGCCGCGCCUACGUGCUGACGCUGGUGGGGGCUGCCUUCUUCGCGCCCUUCGCUGUGAUGCUCGGCUCCUACCUGGGCAUCCUGCACACGGUGCGCAAGAACACCGUGCGCGUGCACAACCAGUCCGACAGCCUGGACCUUCGGCGGCUGCCCCGUGCCGGCCUGCGGCGUCUCCAGCGGCAGCAGCAGGUCAGCCUGGACCUGAGCUUCAAAACCAAGGCCUUCACCACCAUCCUGAUCCUCUUCGUGGGCUUCUCUCUGUGCUGGCUGCCGCACUCCGUCUACAGCCUGCUGUCCGUGUUCAGCCGGAGGUUCUACUGCGGCCCCUCGUUCUACGCCACCAGCUCCUGCGUCCUGGGGCUCAGCUACCUCAAGUCCGUCUUCAACCCCAUCGUCUACUGCUGGCGAAUCAAGAAGUUCCGCGAGGCCUGCGUGGAACUGCUGCCCCAGACCUUCCAGAUCCUCCCCAAAGUGCCUGAGCGGAUCCGGAGGAGAAUCCAGCCAAGCACCGUCUACGCGUGCACCGAAAACCAGUCCGCUGUGUAG